GCCCAAAUGUUGAGCGCGCUGCAGUGAGAGGGGAGUGGCGCACAAAGGAGCAGUUGUCAGUCGCCAGGAAACGGAGUGCAGGCAAGGCGUUAUUGGUUCCGGAACCGUGCCCAAAUUGAGGAAAGUUUCGGACCUUCACACGAUAUCAGCAACAAAUUAUCUAUGACUUCUCAGCUUUUUGGGCGCAGCCCCAGCCGCGUAGCGGCGUCGGGGGGCUGCGCCCCCACGGAUCAUUGGUGUCUCUGUCUGUCUGUCUGUCUGUCUGGCCGGCCGUGUCCGCUUCUACGAUGGAUUCGCGAGCUGCCGGCCCCAUUCGCACCUUUACAACAAUGCCUAUUGAACGGCGCAGGCCGGCCCCCGAGGAAAACUCGAAAAAUGCUGGUCGGUCGUCGCAGGCAUGUCGCCGACCGGCCGCGACCGCGACCUCGCAAUUCCCCCCGCUGCUAGCAUCAAGCAAGCACUAGUACCCCAUACAAAGCAGCGGCAUCGACUUUAGCGGGCGCCCGUCGCGUCUGGGGCCCGACGCCGAAUGUUUGACCGGGAAAUGCGUCGCGAAAAAGUUGUCGCCGACCACCUCGCAAAGCGCGCACAGCGCUUCCGAUCGAAUCAUGAUAACGCAAACAGUCGAGCUUGUGCGGGCUCGUUGCAAAAGUUUGCGCCCUUCGCGGUCUGUCAAUGCGAAAUUUGCGGUCGCGCAACUUAGCCGACUUGCAGACUAUGUUGGCAGGCCGUGCAAAGCUGAAGGCCUCGAUGCAUGACUACCCUGCUGCUCGCGUGCGCCGCAAGCUGGGCGGCCGCAUGACGGAGUUCCAGGCCAUGCACCUGGUGCUGCUGCCGCUGCUGAACGCGCUGGUCUACCUGCACGGCCGCGGCAUCGUGCACAGAGACAUCAAGCCGGAGAACCUGCUCUUUACGCCCGAGUGGCAGCUCAAGCUAUGUGAUUUUGGCGUGUCCAUCUGCCUGCACGAGGAGCGCGCGGUCACCAAGGCCGGCUCGCAAGAGUAUAUGGCGCCGGAGGUAAAUGUGUGCCCGCUGAAGCGCGGGCCCGAGGACAAUAAGGACAAUCAGCAGCUGGCCUACACGCCGGCCGUGGACGUGUGGAGUCUGGGGGCGCUCAUGUACGAGCUGCUGGUGGGCUUCACGCCCUUCCCCGGCGGCCCGCCCGCGCACCCCACGGUCGGGGACCCUGCGCAGCCCCUGAAGUUUCCUGCCAGCGUCAGUGCGCCAGCACGGGCAUGCAUCCAGUCGUGCCUGCAGCUGCACCCCGGCGACCGGCCCACGGUUCACGAGCUGCUGCGGCACGAGUGGGUUGUGACCUCCCUGGCCGAGGCAGCUGCGGCGGAUGAGGCGGGCUUGUUGGAUUAGGGCACGGCCGCCCGCUCUGCUGGGGCCUUCAGUGAUCCGUCAUGGAAAGGUUACAUUGCGCUGGCGGGGCCAGGUGCUGCCAAGCAUUGGUUGGUGACGGAUGAUUACCAAGUAGCAGGGCAAGCGCUGCAGAUGGCGCUGCGAAUGUUUAUUAAUGGAAGAUGCUGACCCGCAGUGAUCACGUGCCGUUCAAUACAGUCGCACCUCUCGGCCUCAGUACACUUGCAUGGGCGUGUGGGGGUUAUUUAUUCUUUGCGCACCUAUAGUGGUGUAGACGGAAGAGGCGGCCGGCAGUUCCAUAGCCGCUUUCGCAUGACCUCGUAUGCUACGUGGAGGCUGCAGCUUUGUCCAUCUGCGCCGCCCCUUUCAUGCUAGGGAUGGCAUCCCUUUAGUGCAUGCGUUGUUUUACUCACAAUGGGUCUGUGGCCGUUGUGAGAUGGGUGACAUGGGCCCGCGGCAGCCUUCAAGGUGUAAAUUACAUGGGCUUAGCCUCCGUUUGCAUGGUUUUGCAUGUUCGCAUGUUUGCAUCGAAUGGGACUGCAACGCGUGCAGCAGACAGCAACUGAUACCGUACUUGCCAAUUGAGUAUGACAAUGGUGCUUUGACAUCAAUCCAUCCUAAUGUGCGGUUGACAAGUAGACACUGUUCUGGGCGCGGCCGCGGGCGUCAGUCUCGCCGCGUUGCCGCUCUGGGGCGCCCCGCGUUUGCCGUGCCGGGACUACUGCUGGUUAGCUCACGGUACUUGUGGGGCGAAAAAGCUGUUGUAGUCUGCGUCUGUGGGGCUUUAGGGAAUCGCUACUGCCUACCACAUGCCUACCACGCGUAGUUCUGCACAGCCCGCUGGUGGUGCGUUGGUGCACUGCUGCCAGCUGCUGCUUAUUCCGCGGCGGUCGUGGUUUGGUGAGAGCAAGUGGCGGAAUCUUGUGCAUUGAGGCGAGCGCCUGGUCACCUGGGCAGGAGUCCGGAUAAGAGCUUGGAUAAGAGUGCUCGCCUGGGGUCGGUGGCCGGUGGGGGACGACCCACCCAGGGUGUACUGAACGUG